AUGAUCCUCCGGGUGGGACUGUGCCUUGGCCUCACGGCUGAGAUGGUCCAACACCUCAAGGAAAAUGGUUGCAAAACAGUGAUGGAUCUUGUCUCGUCAGAUCUGGAGGUGAUUGCCCGGAAAUGUUCUUUAUCCUACAAGGCCUUGGUUGCCGUACGGCGUGUGUUGCUGGCUCAGUUUUCUUCCUUCCCUGUCGAUGGUGCCCAUCUCUAUGAGGACCUCAAGAGUUCCACUGCCAUCUUGUCUACGGGGAGCAAAAGUUUAGAUACGCUUCUGGAUGGCGGCUUGUACACCGGGGAGGUGAUGGAGCUCACGGGUGGACCUGGGAGUGGCAAAACUCAGGUGUGCCUCCACAUUGCGGCAAACGUCUCUGAAAGCCUCAAGCAGGGUGUCCUGUAUAUUGAUUCCACGGGGGGGUUCACAGCCACUCGUUUGCUGCAGCUGCUCCAGCGCAGGACGGAGGCUGAGGAGGGACAGGUAGAGGCACUUCAGAGGGUCCAGGUUGCUCGCGUGUUCGAUGCCUACAAGCUGCUGGAUGCCUUGCACAAGUUCCGGAGCAGUGUGGCUCAGGAGGUUGUAAGUGCAUCUGCCCCAGUGAAGAUUCUAGUGGUAGAUUCUGUCUCCGCUGUGAUUUACCCUCUCUUGGGAAGCCGGCAGCCUGAUGGCAUGGCCCUCAUGAUGCAUGUGGCUCGAGAACUGAAGACACUGGCCAAGGAGCUUGGAGUGGCUGUUCUGGUGACCAACCACGUGACUCGAGAUGCCAGCAGCGGGCAAACCAAGCCAGCGCUGGGUCGUUCCUGGAGUUUUGUGCCUAAUACUCGGGUGCUGCUGGAGAGUGGCAAAGAAUCUGGUGGGGAAACCGGCACCCGUCGAAUUGCGUCCUUAACAAAAUGCCCUCGGCAGCCAGUUGGGACUCAGGUAGAGCUGGACCUCGAGAACUGGGCACCAGCGGAAGGUGCUUGUUAACAUCUGGAGAAGGACCGUAAUGGAAGAUGCUC